GGAAUGAGUUACUUGACACGCUGUGAUCGAUCUGAAUUAAAGUGAUUGUUUAUUUUAUUAUCGAAAGAGUUGUUUUAUUUAAUGACAAGAUGACGAAAAGUCGGCACGCGUUUCUAUUUGUCCUAUAUUUUAUGUGUCUAGUUGCAUCUUCCCAUGAAGAAUCUAUUUGUCAAAUUCCUACUGUAAUAAGAGGAUCAUGGUUUUCAUGGGAGAAUGGAAGAAAUACUUUGACCGAAAUAAAUGCUGAAACAAUGACAAAUCGUGGUGUCUGUGUGAAUAUGGUAGAAAGGUAUUUGGUUAAUUAUACAUUUGUGUUUAGAAAUGACAAAUGUUACCAUUGUGUUAACUUAAUUGUUCGUACGGUAAAUGUGUUGGAAAAACUUGAAGCAAGUUGCGUGAAUUUGCCUAAUGAUGUUGAGCCAACUGUGGAAAAUGUAUGCAAAGGGUUACAGCCAGAUCAACAGUUAAUAACAUUAUUCUCUGAGAAUCAUGUUCCUGUAAAUUGUAGAUCAUCCCUUGAGGGUGUUUGGCAGUUUGCUUAUCAGAAUAGGUUCAGAUUUACAGGAGAAUGUGAUCAUCCUGAUGCCCAAAUUCGAUCCUGCCAAACAGCAGGAACACAGUUCUUGAUAACUAAUCAGAAAUUCAACAUAACGUAUAAACAGUGUUCCGGUAUGAAAAACACUUUUGAUGGAGUUGUGGAGUAUAGCUGUUUGGGAGAUUGGUUCGUGGAUAAGAAUCAUUUCUUCGCGGUCGCGAAUACGAAAGAAUCUAGAAAAGACGAGAAGUAUCGAUGUUUCUUAAAAAAUCGCGACGACGAUCUUUUCAUUGGGGUAUCGAUCACCGCCGAAUGUAAUACGUUAAAAACUGUCGAGAAAAGUCCCGAGCGUUUGCGAGUAACGCCUGUUAAAGCCGAGGUGGUGGAGCCGGGGUGUAGAUUACCGGAAGAUAUGAGCGGACAAUGGAUAAAUACCGCUAAUAUCGAUGCAGAUAUUUUCAUAAACGAAACUCAUAUAAUCGAAACUUGGUAUCCCGACGAGGGUCGUUACAGACGUACGAUUUACGUUUGUCGCGAGUCGAGAGACAGUAGAGUCAUGAUGGCAAGAUUGACCGUAGACGGAUGUCAAAAAGAUUACGUUUGCUUCGAUUUCGUGCGCCGACAUCAUAAUAUCAUUAGAUAUCGACGCGGUAUCGCGGUUAUCAAAGACGAUUUCCACACUGUUUGCUCUUGGGUGCAAUUUCCUAACAAAGAAGCUUGGAAAUACGACUUAUUCUUGGCAAACAACCCGGUGCCAGUACGUUGUCCAAUAGCCGGGAAAUACAUGUUCACCCAAAAAGGGGACGUUCUAUUCGAAACUAGAAUUUUAGGCGGUGUUACGUUGUCCCCCCGUCCGAAUAUCCAUUGCCAACAAAAUAUUUCCGAUUUCUCCGUUUGCGACACCGAUCAGAAGGAGAUCGCGAUCGACGAAACCUACUGCUUGUCGGUGGAUUAUUUAGGGAAACCCGUCGAUAUUUACAGUUUGCCGGAUUAUAAAAUGAAAUGUAUCGGAUUUUGGAAAGAAAAUUUGAAGUCCUACUUGAUAACAUACGACGAGUUGGAUCCGUAUAGUAAAUAUCGUUGUUGGGUGUAUCAGAGGGCCGAUUUAAAUAGAGUCCUCAUAUCGCAAGCUAUUGGUCCAUUCUGCGAUCUUAAACAAGACGUUACAAGUAGUAAUUAUACCGAAGGCGCGGCAGUCGCAUUAGAACUACAGGAAUACGAAAGAGAACGUGACCAAUGUCCAAUGUAUUUCGAUGAUGGGGCUAAUCCCUGGUUAGUGACCGAAAAUUACAUAAAAAUAUUCAAAUAUGGCAAUGGAGGAGUACAGGUUUCGAGUUCGUACGUAUCCUUCGUUUCGAUAAUCAGCGUAGCUCACAUAGUUUUAAUUAACGCGUAGUACCUUUGAUGUCCGUUUUAUAUUAGUG